CCAACCGAAGAAUGUAACAGGUUGCCCUGCCGCCUUUCUUCGCUUUUCACCGGGCUUUUCUCGCUGCGAUUUGUGAAAGAGGCCUCACAAACGUUUGACCGGACCGAGCUUGUCUGUGAGGCCAUCCUAGAACUGCAUCACCACAUCAAUCUCCACUGCUCCACAAGUUCGUCCCCGUGCCUGACCUACUACACGGUGGGUGGUGGGGGUCAACGUCCUUCGUGUGCCGUCAAGUACUGUCAGUUCUGGGCCUGUUUGUUGUCUGCAUCUCGCAAGCCGGUCAACGCUUCGCGCUUCGCUUCGCCACUUCUCUGAUUAGGCCGGCCCGUUUUUGGGUCACACCGCCGCAACGGCAGCGACGGCAGCAAGCGACGCGCCGGCAGGCACUCCAAGCGCCCCCGCCGAGAAGCUUCCCUGUCCCGUGUUGCCUCUGCCCUUCCCCCCCAGUCACCAUGAGGCUGGUUAUUUUGGACUCCGCUGACUUUGUGGCGGAUUGGUCUGCUAAGUAUGUUCUCAAGAAGAUAAAGCAAUUCAAGCCUGGUCCCGAUAAGUACUUUGUCUUGGGACUGCCUACUGGUGGUACUCCUCUUGGGAUGUACAAGAAGCUUAUAGAGUUCCAUAAGGCGGGUCGAUUAUCCUUUAAGUAUGUGAAAACUUUCAACAUGGACGAGUAUGUUGGCUUGCCGAGAGACCACCAUGAAAGUUAUCACUACUACAUGUGGAACAACUUCUUCAAGCACAUCGACAUCGAUCCAGCAAAUGCCCAUUUGUUGGAUGGCAAUGCUGCUGACUUGGAAGCAGAGUGUAACAAGUUUGAAAGAUUAAUCAAAGAAGCUGGUGGAAUUCACUUAUUUAUUGGAGGCAUUGGACCUGAUGGUCACAUUGCAUUCAAUGAACCUGGAUCAUCCCUGGCUUCUCGCACACGUGUCAAAACUCUUGCCCAAGACACACUGGAGGCCAAUGCCCGUUUCUUUGACAACGAUAUAAACAAAGUGCCUAAACAGGCACUUACAGUGGGGGUUGCCACUGUUAUGGAUGCUGAUGAGGUCAUGAUUUUGAUCACAGGAGCACACAAGUCAUUUGCUCUAUACAAGGCAGUUGAAGAGGGAGUUAACCAUAUGUGGACUGUGUCUGCAUUCCAACAACAUCCCCACACCUUGAUAAUUUGCGAUGAAGAUGCCACUUUGGAACUGAGGGUUAAAACAGUGAAAUAUUUCAAGAAUUUGUCUCUGGUCCACAGUCGACUCAUCGACGAAGAUGCCCCUUGAUGCACCCACCACAGACCAAGAGACUUUCUUCUUUUCUGUCGAUCUUUGUCAAUCUUACCUGUCAUUUGCAAUUUUUUAAAAAAGGGAAAAAAACUGGAUUGGUGAGGGUAUUUUAAAUUUUAAGAAUGUUAUGUUCUUAUCAUUUUCUGAGAACAUUUGUGAUACAAUUUUCAUGCAGUUGCACUGAUUGACUGUGCUCAUAUUUUAUACAUACCAAUUUUGUUAUUUGCCAAGCAAGAACUGAAUUUUAUGUCACUUAUUCAGAAGUAACUGGUGCCAUUGUUUUUCAUUGUUACCUUCUGAUAAAACAACUGAACCUUUCACAUUUAUACUACUGUUUAUCUUGUGAUAAAAAAAAUAGCAUUUAAAAAAUAGAACCAUAUUUUUGCCCAAUAAA